UAUCUAUUACAUUCUUGUCUGUUUUUUUUUAUUUCCUCUUUUGUUAUAUGGUGAAAAAAUCUGAGUUAGCAAACCAAUAAAAUCUUAUUCUUUUGGAACACGAAGCUGAUUGGUAAUGCUCAAAUGAUUUCUCUCUGGUCUUGAUGAUACUAACCAAUAUAUAAAAUCUCUAGUGGGUUAUUUAUAGUCAUUGUUUAUCGCCUUUGGUUUUGUGUUUAAGUUUCUUGCUGUGGAAAUAAAGAAAAUGGUUGGAAGCAUUGAAGCCAAGGCCUUGCUAUCAAACGGGUCUGUUCAGCUUCAACAUAAUGGUCUUAACUUGGAGGAGAAACUUGAUGAGUUCCGUCGUCUUCUUGGAAAAUCAGACAAAGAUCCGUUAAAGAUUGUGAGCAUCGGAGCUGGUGCUUGGGGAAGUGUCUUUGCAGCGCUUCUCCAAGAAAGCUACGGAGGAUUCAGAGACAAGUUCCAGAUCAGGAUAUGGAGACGACCUGGUAAAGCUGUUAGUAGAGCAACAGCUGAACAUCUCUUCGAAGUGAUCAACUCUCGUGAAGAUAUCUUGAGGAGGUUGAUAAGACGCUGCGCUUAUCUCAAAUACGUAGAGGCAAGGCUUGGUGACAGGACGCUCUACGCGGAUGAGAUAUUGAAAGACGGGUUUUGUCUUAACAUGGUCGACACGCCUCUUUGUCCUCUCAAGGUUGUGACUAAUCUUCAAGAAGCUGUGUGGGAUGCUGAUAUUGUUGUUAAUGGGUUGCCUUCAACGGAGACACGACAAGUGUUUGAAGAGAUUAGUAUGUAUUGGAAAGAAAGAAUCACUGUUCCUGUUAUUAUCUCUUUGUCAAAGGGUAUUGAAACUGCUCUUGAACCAGUUCCACAUAUCAUUACUCCAACAAAGAUGAUCCAUCAAGCAACUGGUGUGCCAAUUGAAAAUGUACUGUAUCUUGGUGGACCAAACAUUGCUGCUGAGAUAUACAACAAGGAAUAUGCUAAUGCAAGAAUCUGUGGAGCUGAGAAAUGGAGGAAACCACUAGCAAAGUUCUUAAGACAACCUCAUUUCAUUGUUUGGGACAAUAGUGAUCUUGUUACACAUGAAGUAAUGGGAGGUCUCAAGAACGUGUACGCCAUUGGAGCUGGAAUGGUGGCAGCGCUUACUAACGAGAGUGCUACAAGCAAAUCGGUGUACUUUGCUCACUGUACAUCUGAGAUGAUAUUCAUAACUCAUUUACUAGCAGAAGAGCCUGAGAAACUUGCAGGGCCUUUGCUAGCUGAUACUUAUGUGACCUUGUUGAAAGGGCGUAACGCUUGGUACGGUCAGAUGCUGGCUAAAGGGGAAAUAAAUAGAGAUAUGGGUGAUAGUAUAAGCGGCAAGGGAAUGAUUCAGGGUGUUUCUGCAGUGGGAGCGUUUUAUCAAUUGCUUAGUCAGUCAAGCCUGAGCAUAAUGCAUCCUGAGGAGAAGAAACCUGUGGCUCCGGUUGAGUCAUGUCCUAUUUUGAAGACACUCUACAAGAUACUCAUCACAAGAGAACAAUCAACACAAGCGAUUCUGCAAGCGUUAAGGGAUGAAACACUGAAUGAUCCUAGAGACCGGAUUGAGAUUGCACAGAGUCAUGCAUUCUACAGGCCUUCCCUUCUAGAUCAACCCUGAUUCUUAUGUCAUGGCUCCAAUAUAAUCCAAACUGCAGAUUCUGCUGCGUGAAAACAUCAUGUCUUAAAAUGGAUUGUUAUUCGUUGUAUAAUCCUUGUACUGUAUCCUUCUCUUUAUGAUCAAUGAGGCUUUUUAUUUGCUCAAAAAAUUUACUACAACAUUCUACUCUAUACUAUUCUUAUAUUAACUCCGUCUGAUUAAUACAAGCUAAUGGUUGUACCACUGAAUCCAAGAAACAAAGAGAAGGCCUGUUCUGUAAGGUCUAAUGUUAGCUAUACCAGUUAGAUUGGUUAUGACUCCAUUCUAUGCUUUGUACAGUCACAGCUGCAGGCUUUGAUCUUUUGCUUUUCUCAUCAUAUGGACAACCAAAGCUGACCUUCACCAGAACCUCUUCCCCCAAGCCAAAAGUACAUACCACCCACUCAAGUUUCUCUGCCUCUGUUGAUCCAUGCCACUUCUUCAAGACCAAGCUAUUAGUCCUCCACCUACAGUAACAGCAGCUUGUGCAUAUAUAAUCUACUGUCACUUGGAGAUCUCCAUGAUGCAGAAACAUAGACCCAUAUUGCCUAAUCAUACUAAAUGCCUCAGCAUUAGCAUCCAUCAUUCCCAAACCCUUCAGACAAAACAGAAUGAUCCACUAGAGAACGAGCUAUACGAACAGCAUCAAUCUCAAACCCUCUGUCUCCUGCUUCUUGAUAAGUGCAUUAUAGCAGGAAGUCAUUUAACGCUGAGAAGCAAAACAUAUGGAUACACCAAGGGCUCUUUUCCAUUUUUUGAAGUAUGAAGGCUCAAAUUUAUUGUGAAGCGUGAGGAAUAAGAGAGAAGAAUAGAAAGACCUCUUUUCUUACUAUGAAAUUUUAAUAUUUCUUUAACAAAAGGACUUCAAAAAAAAAAGAAUUGUAAAAAAAAAAAACCAAAAGCCUCUCUACUCGAGAGAACAACUGCUUUGUAUCCUCGUCGGUAGACAUAUAUAUAAUAAGAUAUAAAGAGUUUCUAUUGCAAAGAAGAAGAA